AUGAUGAAAUUUCGAAUUAAAAUUAAUACACAAACAACUUCAAUAACAUUUGAUGAUAUUAAAGAUGAUUUAUCACUUAUUGAUUUAAAAAUCAAAAUAAGACAACAUUUUUCAUCCUUGAAAAAAUUUAAUUUUCAUUUAUCACUUAAUGGAAAAGAUUCAUUAGAUGAAAAUCAAACAAUGUCACAAUCAGGUCUGGUUAAUGGUGAUACAAUUUAUAUAUUAAACGAAAUUAAACAUAACAGCUCAACAAUAUCAUCUAUGGAUCAACCAUUAACAAUUGAUGAAAUACGAGAUUUACAUACAUAUCCAACAAUAAUACAUCGUCUUAUUGAAUAUUCACAACCGGAAACUGAUUUUGAUUUUCUAGUUAUUAUAAUACAUGCUUUGAUGCUUGAAAGUGGUUUCCAAAUGGAUGUAAAUAAUAAUUCGGAUUUAAAAAUUGCAAGAAAAUCACCGACAUUUUAUGUUAUUCGUUAUCGACAUAAAUUAUGUGAAGAAGAACGUAUUCGAUGUUCAUUAGCAAUUAUGAAAACAGAUUCCGUAGUAACAAUUGAUGGUGUUGUGAAUUCAAUUUCGCAAGCGUGUGGUAAAUUAUCAUUUCAUAUUGGAAAUUAUUUACAUACACAAAAAGAAGCGAUCGCUUUAAAUGCCAUCUUUCCUUAUCAUGAUCUUCGUAAUUUAUCAGGAUUAUUCAAAGAUAAUAUUGCAAAUCGUUUAUUAUGCAAAUUACUUGAAGAAUCAGGACAACGUUCGAAUGCAACUUUAAUUGGAUUACCAAAUGAAAUCAAACUUCGUUUAGCAAAAUAUCUUCCAAUUAAAUCUUUACAUGCACUUCAAUUAACAUGUCGUGAUAUUUAUAAUACUUUAAAUGACAAUCUUCUUUGGCAUGAUUUAUGUAUACGAGAUUUUGAUAAAACUACAUUAACAUCAAUAUCAAGUACAAUUGAAAAUAGCUCAAAUGGAAAAGAUUGGCAUAAACUUUACCGAAUAAUCUAUGCUCAAAAACAAGCCACAUUAAGACAUCAAACGAAAUCUUCUCCGUACUUUCAUACAGCUUUUGUUCCAUUACCUCCACCUGGUCAUCCGACACAUCGAGUUCUUUUUCCAGAUCCAACAAAUGCUGCACUUCAUCCAUUUCCACCAACUAUUUAUCGACCUAUCCCACCAGGCAUAUUCCGCAUUUGUACUGCAAAUACACAGCAGACUCAGACAAUACAGUCACAGCAGCAGCAGCAGCAAACACAACAUCAUAUUUAUUGUCAACCAUUUUUUGGUUUAAAAUGGGUCGUGAUUUUUGCAGCUGCUACUAUGAUUCCAUUAACGCCGUGUUUUCAUACCGUUUGGCUUGGUUAG